AUGCCAUCUCCCACGCCCCAAGACGGCUACCGUCUAGGAGCUGACAUCGGUGGCACAUUCACAGACAUCUACGCCCUAACCCCCGAAAACCAAAUCGCACGAGCCAAAGUCCCCACCACGGUCCCAGACCAAAGCAUCGGAAUCAAGAACGGCAUCCGCAAGGUCCAGCAAGCCCUCAAAGGCCGCUUCAACUGGGACGGCAAGUUCCAGUUCAUACAUCACGGUACGACGGUCGGCACGAACGCCGUGCUUGAGGGCAAGGGCGCGCGCACGGGUCUGAUCGUUACGGCUGGCCAUAAGGAUAUCCUGGCUGUGCGCAGGUCGCAGAUCCCCGGGGGUUUGGGUGCUUGGCUACAUUAUACCCCGCCUGAGCCGAUUGUGCCCUUGGAGAGGGUGAUACAGUGUCAGGAGCGCAUGUCCGUUGAUGGGGAGACGGUUGAUGAGGUUGAUUUGGAUGCGCUGAGGGCUGAUUUGAAGGCGUGGGUUGGUGAGGAGAGGCCCGAGGCUGUGGCGAUUUCGUUGCUCAACUCGCACGCUAAUAAUAAGCAUGAGGUGAGGGUUGCGAGUGUUGUUCGUGAAGUGCUCGGUGAGGACUCGACUAUCAUUUGCUCGAGCGAUGUUCUUAGAGAGGUUGGCGAGUAUGAGCGGACAGUUACAACGUGUACCAAUGCGCUUGUCAAGCCGGUCGUCCAGACCUAUCUCAGUAAUCUGCAGGUCUUGCUUGCAGACGAUGGGGAUCUCAUUCGUAUCCUCAAGUCAGACGGUGGGUUAACGAGCUUGGAUCUGGCGGGCGAGUUGCCGGUUAAUAUUUUGAUGUCCGGUCCCGCUGGAGGUGUACAGGGCGUUGCGGACGUCGUCACGAGAAACACCCCUUAUAAGAACUUGAUCACAUUCGACAUGGGCGGUACGUCAACAGACGUUGCGAUUAUCCACCAGGGCAAACCACAGCUUCGUCGUGAGACGGUGGUGGGCUCACUUACCGUCCGUUCGCCCGCUGUGGACAUUCGAACUGUGGGCGCAGGAGGCGGUUCCAUCGCCAAAUACAUGGACAUCACCGAGACGAUGCGAGUUGGCCCAGAGAGUGCGGGCGCGAGUCCGGGACCUGCAUGCUACAACCUGGGAGGGAGCGAAGCCACCGUUACAGACGCUAACCUUGUGCUGGGAUACCUGCCAGAGAACCUGCUUGGGGGAGAAUUCACCCUCCACGCAGAGGCCGCAUUAACCGCGGUUGGUGAGAUAGCGAAGCAGAUGAAACUGUCUGUGACCCAAACCGCCGAAGACAUUGUCAACCUAGUGAACGAGACUAUGUACGGAGCACUGCGUUUGGUCUCUGUCGAGCAGGGCUACGAUCCGAAGGAGUUUGCUCUGGUUGCCUUUGGAGGUGCAGGUCCACUCCAUGCAAACGCCGUAGGAAAGCUACUCGGAGCAUGGCCGGUUAUUGUUCCCCCAUCUCCAGGAACUCUAUGUGCCCUAGGUGAUGCCACUACAAGGCUGAGCCACUCUCAAUCGUUGUCCUACAUCCGCCUGCUCUCGGCCACGACUUCCCAGCAGGUCAAAGAUCGGUUUGAUGAGAUAGAGCAGACCUGCAGGGAGACGAUGAAGGGUUCAAAUUCGAACCAAGAAAUGCAAUUGAACAUCGGUUACCAUCUAGACCUUCGAUACCGCGGUCAAGCAUUGAACCUAACAGUCGAGCUAGAAGCUCAAGAUCUCCACCUCGAAGACGGCCCGUGGAGAGCGCUGCUACAGGCAAAAUUCGACCAGCUCCAUGAGCAGCAGUUCAAAUACUGUCUGCCCAAUUUCGAGCUCGAGCUGAUGCGCCUGGAAGUCGUCGCUGUCGAUGCGACUCCCGGUAUUGACAUCCCGCAGCUCAGCAAAGCCGAAUCAAACGAGCCACCUGCGGAAGCAUUGGUCUCGAAAAAGAGUAUUGUUAUAGAGGGACAGACGAUGGAGGCUAUACUGUGGGAUCGCGAGAAAGUGAGCCGCCAAGGUGUCCGUGUGGACGGGCCCUGCAUCAUCACGGAAACAGACAGCAAUACCCUGAUCCUACCAGGAUGCUAUGGUGAAGUCGAUUCAAUCGGCAACAUCCUUAUACGCCCGACUGAAGACACAGCGAGAGAGCAGACAAAAGAUGAGACUGCAGAUGCAGCACUGGAGAUCGUGCAGUCGACACCAUUGAUCCCUACACUUGUUGCCUCUGCCCUGGCCUCCAUCCGCAGCGAGAUGGAUACCCUCAUGCUCCGGUGUAGUAUGUCGCCUGCGAUCCGCGAGCAGCAAGAUGAGUUCAACGUCAUAACCACUGCCGACGGCAAGAUGCUUGUCGGCCAGUUUGGCAGUUUCAUCACCCAGUUCCUGCGAGCGUGGAAGGGCACGAUCGAGGAAGGCGAUGUGUUUAUCACCAACGACACCUACAUGAUCGAGGGAGCCGUAACGCACUUGAACGACGUGAUUGUCCUGCUACCAAUAUUCCACGAGCACAGACUCAUCGGGUGGGCGUCGCAAUUCGGACACUUGACCGAUGUAGGAGGAAUCGUCCCAGGCAGUAUGUCCAUCAACGCUUCAUCCAUCUUCGACGACGGCGUCCAGAUCCCCUGUAUCAAGCUCUACGCAAAGGGCACCAUGAACACCGACCUAGUCGAUCUGCUCUGCCGCAACUCCCGCCAACCCGACUGGUACAGAUCCGACCUGAUGGCCAUCAUCGCCGCGUGCCGAACAGCCGCCAGCCGAGUCUGCGAGCUGGUCGUGCGGUUCGGAUGCGAGAUCUAUCUCGCCGCCUGCGCAGAGCUCCUCCUGCGCAACCGCACCGCAAUGAGCAAGAUCAUCGACACGGAUUUCGGCGACCAGCCCAGCACAUUCACCGACUUCGUCGACGACGACGGCCACGGCAUCGGGCCCUGGGCGCUGACAUGCACAAUGACCAAGAUCGACGGUAACCGCCUGCUCUUCGACUGGACCGGCACAUCCCCGCAAAGCGACCACGCCAUCAACUUCUACCUCUCCGAGACCAUGUUCCGCAUGUUCAUCGGCUACUACAUGAUCGCGGCCGCUGCACCAGGAACCGUCAUCAACGACGGCUUCCACGACCUCAUCGACAUCCACAUCCCCGAGGGCUCGGUGCUGAAACCCGUCCGCCCGGCCCCCAUCUCAUGCCGCACGCAUCUAAUGGGCCGCACAAUGGACGUCAUGCAAGCGCUCAUCGGGCAAAGAAACCCCGUGUACGCCGCUGCCGCAGGCUUCAGCGACUCCCCACACUUCUUCUACUCCGGGUACAAGCCAGACGGCGAGUGGUACCAGUUAUACCAGAUCGGGUUUGGUGGCGUACCGGCGCGCAACGCCGGCGAUGGUCUAGACUGCCACUGCUUGUUCCCGGCAAUCAAGUCCAUCCCCACGGAAAUCAUCGAGCUGAACUACCCGCUCCGCAUCGAAGCCAAUGAGAGUGUCCCUGAUAGCGGCGGGGCGGGGUUCUACCGCGGUGGGAACGCGCAGCGCACGCACUACCGGUUCCUUUCGCGCGGGGAGUUCAGUCUGCAUGAUGACCGGUGGUUCACGAAGCCAUGGGGGAUCCGGGGUGGGAAGCCCGGGGCAAGGUCGAGGAAGGUUCUGUAUCGGUACUCGAAGUCGGCGGAUGCUCCGCCGGUGGAGGUCCUCCCGUCCAAGUGCGACCAUGUUCGGGUCGACCCUGGCGAUCUUCUUGAGUGGGUGACCUGGGGAGGUGGUGGGCUUGGAGAUCCGUUGACGAGGCCUGCGGAGAAGGUCGCGCUGGAGGUUCGUCGGCGGUUGGUGACUAUUGAUGGUGCGCGUGAGAAUUACGGUGUGGUUGUCAAUUCUGAGGGUCUUACUGUGGACGAAGCCGCGACUGAGGCCUUGAGGAAGAGUACGGCCGAUGCUCGGGGUGCGGAGAGUCAAAAGUAUGAUCGGGGCGGCAGUCUGGAGGAGCUGAGAGAGUUGUGUUUGAAGGAGACGGGGCUUCCGGCACCGAGUCCGCAGUGGGAGGUCGAGUUGUAUGGGCCGCACGUGAGGAUACCUUAUGUCCAAGAAUGGUAUUCACGCAUGAAUGAGGUGAAGGGGUGGGGGUUGUAA